UAUAAAAGCCCUAAGCUUUGCUCUUGGUCCCCCAGUGAGCAGGAGCUAGGGGUAUAAGCAGAGCAAGGCUGCAGCAGUAGCAAGUCCUUGACAGACUCCUUUCUCUGUGAGUGUAUCCAGAUCCGCAUCUUUGCUGAAGCCGAAGAAAGAGGAGACACUCAGAAAAACUUAGCGGAAACUUGUCAGAGAAUGCUCCAAAAGUCAGUUAUUCUCCUGCUGCUGGUGAUCAGUGCUUCUGCAUCUUAUGAAGCCGAACAGAAUGACUCUGUGAGCCCCAGGAAAACCAGGGUUGCAGCACAGAAUUCAGCUGAAGUGGUUCGCUGUUUAAAUAGUGCCCUCCAGGUGGGUUGCGGUGCAUUUGCCUGCCUGGAGAACUCUACUUGUGACACGGAUGGAAUGUACGACAUCUGCAAGUCCUUCCUCUACAGUGCUGCUAAAUUUGACACUCAGGGAAAAGCCUUUGUGAAAGAGAGCCUGAAAUGCAUUGCAAACGGAGUUACGUCCAAGGUUUUCCUUGCCAUUCGGAGGUGCUCCACUUUCCAAAGAAUGAUCUCGGAGGUGCAGGAGGAAUGUUACAGCAAACUGGACAUGUGUAGCAUUGCAAAGCGUAAUCCUGAAGCAAUCACUGAAGUUGUCCAGUUUCCAAAUCACUUCUCAAACAGGUAUUACAACAAGCUCGUGAGAAGUUUAUUGGAAUGUGAUGAAGAGACUGUCAGCACCAUCAAAGAUAGCUUGAUGGAGAAGAUAGGACCCAACAUGGCCAGCCUCUUUCAUCUGCUGCAAACAGAUCACUGCUCUCAAACACACCCCAGGGCAGACUUCAACAGGCGACGUAUCAUUGAGCCUCAAAAGCUAAAAAUCUAUUUCAGGAACCUCCGAGGUGAGGGAUCUAUUCCAUCCCAUGUGAAACGUACCUCUUCAGAAAGUGCAUAAUUCUUUAGGGGAGAGAGAAUGGGUGUGUAAGGGAUCUAAGCACUACCAAUAUAGAAGCCUCUUUUUCUAGAAAAGUUAAUACACCCAUCCAAAUGUACUGUAGGCUGAUUUUAAUAACAAUUAGAAACUGGUUUUAGAUUUAGUUCAUAUUUUCUAUCCCUCUCAAACCAAUUUGCAUGGAACUAGGCUUCGGUGUUCAAUGUCCCAGCUUUCUGCCUUUGAAAUUUCUCCAUCUCUCUUCUCUUCCCCACAAAAACAAAAGGAAAGUCAUAGACCUAGGCUUUUACAACAGUCAGUUCUUCAGCAGACACCAAAUUAUCAAUGAAUUGUAGCUCAAACACCCUUGCUGUUUGAAACAAACUCCAAUAGUUUAACCUUAAAAGCUAUCACCACCUACCAGCCUCAUACUAUUAAUGGAUCUAUCCUAAAAAUAUCAAUGGAAUUUGUGUUAUGAAUCUGUGCUGGCCAUGGACAAAUAUGAAUGUCAUGUUUGGAUUCUUGGUCUCAGUGACACACCGUCUUAAUCCUCUGUCAUAAAACUCCCUUGCCCAGUUAAUCUACCACAAUCAGGUCUAGCACUCACAAAACGUGGAGGACUGUUUGUUUAGUAUUGUCCUGCAUCUCAGUGCAAAAACUACUAGCAAACCAGUCUAGUUGCACUGUGGUCAGCAUGAGGUGCAAGACCAUGUGGUGAAAGCAGAUUUUAAGAUGGUCAGUCUUUGCAUUGGUUUGAAAACCCCAGCAUCUUUAUGUACUGUAACUGUUAAAAGCUUUAAAAGAAUCCUUAACAAAACUGUCUUAAAACUAGAGUAUUAAAGGUCUUGCCCUAACUGUGGUAUACAGAGUUUAAAUAUCUGUCAUGUACUGUACAUAAAUUCCAGAAGAGUCUGCUUAAAAGAAGCAGAAUAUAAUAAUUUUAUUGCAUAUAAAUUUAGUUUUGUACCUUAGCUUUAUUUUUCCCCCUGGAAAUAGUAUCUCUAUCAUGUUCAAAAGUACACAUUCCUCACGGUGGGCUUUUUAUAAUGGAAGAGAGAGAAAUUGUUUCAUCAUAUAUUAGAAUUGGUCCAGGUAAAAGAACUGGUGAGGAGCUAUUCAUACUCACCGAUCGGCUGGAUUCUGACUGCCCAAGCUACCUUCAGGGGUUAUCAUGGUACUUAGCUUGCAUCCAAGGCAGGAGUACUGGGAAUUGUCAAAAUGGCUGACAGAACAACUCUUAAAUAUCACGGCUGCAGACUUCAGAAGGGUCACUUCUGAGGCACGACAUGGAAAAUAGAGCCAUGUUUGGUAUGCCUAAAGGUAGCCGGCAAUCCAAAAAAUGAAACGCCUCAAAUCUAAACACAUGCAUCACUGUGCCUGUUGCGAGGCACUUGAAAUGCACAGCCUGCAUUUCCUACCAUGCUCUUCUGUAAAAGAGGCUCUGAACUGAGGCUUACAAGCUGACUUUUUUUUUUUUUUUUUUUUUUUUUUCACUCAUAGCUGAAGCCUAGAGCAGCUUUUCUGAACAGUAGUCUGUCUUGGGUUCUGUAUGCCAAAAAAAGCAACCUUGUGUUGUGUCAUGUGAGCAGCAGGGCUGAUUCCACACGCACAUUCCAAAAUCUACCCAGUUAGAAACUACUUCUGGUGGGUGGCUGACUCUGGUUCAUCUAGUUAAGAAGCUAAUCAAGUUCUGUAAAAGGCUAACAGGAGGGACAUCUUUUUGCAAAAUAUAAAGCAAUAGAACUUUUUAACCACAAAGCCUUUAAACAAUGACUUGCUGCUAAUAUAUUAAAACCAGAUGCAGUGGCAGCAUUUCCAGAAUUGCUGUCUUCAUUAAAUGUAGCCCAAAAGUGCUGUCGUAAAAUUGUAAGCAGCAAAAAAGGUUGCUGACAGUGUUUUUUGUUUUUGUUUUUUUUUUUACUACACCCACACACUCUGAAUCAUGCUGUCCUAUUCAAGCUAGGUGCAACAUUGUAGUUCAUUCUUAACACUAUCAGGUAUACUGGAAUCCAAUCCUGCAAGGUGCUGCAUGCUUUCCAGUGGGAAUUACGGGUGCUCAAGUAGCAAGGGCUUGAUUUUUACCAGGUGCAGGUGCUCAGCACUUUGUGAGAGGUACUUUUCGAGAUGCACACUAGGAAAGGGACAUUAGAACAGGAAGUUCAGCAGAGUUUGGGUAUCAAGUACACUACACAGUGGCGUGUCUACAGUGGGGAUUUGGUCCUAUUAAAGCUACUAGUAUAGCUGCCCUGGAGCUGUGGUCCCUUUACAUACAUAGUGCAAAGCAGCUAUUUCAACCAGUAAAACUCACCUUGUGAAGCAGGUAGAACACUUUCCCUCAGAACAUUUUGUUGUAAAAUAGCUUGACAACUAUUUGUAUAAACACUGCUUAGGGUUUUCAUGUUUUUUUUCCCGAAGGCAAUUUUAAAUACCCAACAUUUUGAAUGUUAAGUGGAAACUCUUUUUGGCUGUCAAAAAGAGUUUGGUUUUUCAAUCAAAUCCCCAAAAGUAUAAAACAUUUCCAAUCAAUUCUUUUAUCAGUUUUUUCACUUGGGGAGGACAGGGGGGUGGUCCUUUCCUGAGCAACCCUAUUACUGUGGUUUCAAGCAGGGAUAAAUCUCAUCUAGUGGGUUUACCUAUCUACACUGAUAGCUAACCUCCUCUCCCCCUCCCCCCCCCACACAACUACUCAGUGUAGAAAAAAAAUCUAUUUCACAAAAAUAUUUGAGCUGCUUAGUUUAUGCCUAAUGUCUCACUUCCCCCCACCCCCACGGCCUAUAGUAAUACUAGCACUGCAAUACAGUCACACAAUUUUUAUAGGGAAAAUGAUUCUCAGUGUAGAAUCUGACUGUUUCACACCUAUUUAAUCUCUAAUGCUUUUUUUUUGUCUCAUGCUCACUGCGAAGUGAUUUUCUUGGGGGUUGAGGGGCUUAUCUAGAUGCGUUUGCAUGAUUCUCAUUGUGAUUUGUUUGCACUUUAGACAUGUUUGUGCCAUUAUAAAUUUGCAUUAUGUAUUUAUAAUUUAAUGAUACUUAAGGGGGUUUUGGUUUGGUUUUUUUGGCCGAUUACUGGAAUAAACAGUGAGCAUAUCUGGUAUAUGUCAUUAUUUAUUGUUAAAUUACAUUUUUAAAGCUCCAUGUGUUCAUAUAAGGUUAUUUGAAACAUAUCAUGGUAAUGAGAGAUGCAAGUUAUUUUCUUUGCUUAUUUUUAUAAUUAAAGAUGCAUAACUUAAUAUGAGGCCUAUGGUGGAUU